GCCUGCUUGACCACGUGCACUUGGAGGCAUACGGCCGCCCCUCGCCAUUGUCACGCGUGGCCACAGUCACAGUCAAGGAUCCCCAGCUGCUCUCCGUCACUCUGCACGAUGCUUCUCUGCUAGGAGCGGCGAUGAAGGGCCUGCAGGAGUCACCCAUGGGGCUGAACCCCUCUCACACCUCACAUACUGCCAUCCUCGUGCCCAUUCCCAAACUGACCAAGGAAGUGAGAGAGGCUAUGUUCAAGCUGGCGCAAAAGGCAGCGGAGUCUGCGAGAGUGAGCUUGCGGCGGGCGAGGAAGGAGGGAAUGGACGCUAUAAAGAAAGCAGCAGAUGUGAUUCCCGAGGACGAGCGCAAGCGGGCGGAAAAGAAGGUGGAGGAUGCUGUAGCAGCAGCAAAGAAGCAGCUGGAUGCUAUAUGCGAGGCCAAGGAGAAAGAGCUCAAGGGGUAG